GAGGAGGCAACUCAUUUCCUGUUCACUUUUCUCCUUUUGAGUACGCCAGGUUUCGUCGUCGUGGCUUCAGUCAAUGUGAGGACGAUUUCCGGGCCGGGCUAGGCCCGCGAGAUUUCGCGGACCAUGGUUGUUGUUGCAUUAGGGGCUCCAUGCGAGUGGCGUGGCGGAGGAACACUUGAAGACAACGGUGCUCAUUGUUUACUGUGAAGGAGAUUCUGUUCCAUCUAUUUCAAGCGGAGGGCAAUCUCGGAGUUCAUGUGCUCGAAAGCCCAAAUCAUUAUUUGGGCACCACUUGGAGUUGACGUAGCAUCGUUCUCAAAUCUGACGGUCCCGGGUAUGGGAAGUUGGCUCCUGAGGACACAAGGCUCAUUUGCAUUCAUCUCGGUUUUGCCCAAACCUGGUCAUGAGAUCCAUGGGUGAAUCAUGCUUGUUUCUUUUAUGUCUUGAUCAUAGAAGCUCGAUACAUCCUGCGCAUAUCACAUCAAACGCUAUCUCCAGGUGGGGCCUCCGUUCUCCGCCUCAGCAUUGGAAAUGUUUUCUUGACCAGCGUGGAAGGAAAUGCACGCUCCUAAGGAGAGGAUUCCCUAUAAGCCUCAAGCUUCCUGAAUGGUUGGGUAGAGGGAGAGUCUGGGAAUUGCCCGCCGGCUUUCAAGCACGAGCAUUUUGUCUUACUCUUCCGCGCUGUCUAAAUUUGAUACGCUCAUGUCGAGUCGGGAAUCGGUCGCCACUGUCUGCACGUCCGGCACUUGCAAGAUCAGCGCUCUUUUUGUUGCACGCAGCUCCGAUGUGGAGGAUAUUCAACUAUAUUGUGCAUAUUGUGAAAGAUACACCGACAUCGCCUCGCCAUCCUUCGACGUGUUUCACCGAGAGAUGUGCCAUGGUGGAUUCCCGUUGCUCAGGUUCUCCAGAGCUGACAUUAAGCCCUGUGCUGCGCUGCUCUUGUAACCAGCGGAUGGGAAUCACCUACUCCCUAUUUCUGUCGCACAAAACUUGCUCUUUUCAUACGGUUCAGGACCGAUAUGAAUCAAAUGUUUCUGCCAUAAUCUCAACUAUGAUCUAUCGAGGUCUGUCUCUAAAAAGGAAGCAAAGGUCUUUUACUUCACACGGUCAAGGUGAUGGACAAUCAUGAACGCCGGUCAGAAUACCUGGUGGUAGGUUUGGGCUGUUUUUCUUUUCAUGAGAAUGAAGCACAGAAGGCGGCACAAGCUCAAAGGUACGAAUAGGAAUCUAUGUGUCGAAGAGCAACUUGUCCAUAACUGAGCCAGAACCUCACUUUGCUUUCCAGACAUAAGGAUUGUCGUUCAAUGAUGAGGAGAUAUUUCUAAUGAAAGCAAAUUGUUGUUCUUGAGCCUGGACAUGGCCACGCAAUAAGAGAAUUGCUGUUGAUCCUGCCACAAAGCGUUGAGUUCGGUCGUUCGCCGGAGCGAAGACCAAACACGUACAUGGCUUGGUGGCACGGGUCAAACAAAACUCAAGGC